AUGAACUACGUUUUUAGGAAAGGGGAAUGUGGGCGGCGCAAUGGUACACACAUUUUGGUACAGAUAUUACAAUACUUACGGCAGACAAAUUGUGCGCUCUGGCUCAGUUUUCAUUCUGCGGCUGUCGCAUGCAGGUGGAAUCUGCGUCUGGGCGCCUGCGUGCAGCUCGCUGCAGUAAAGUCGAGGGAUAGACGAACCAAUUGAUGAUUUUAUCAGAAGGACGUGAGAAUAACAUUCGGUACGCCUGUGAAUAAUUCCAUGGGCCGCAUUAUAGGUGCAUCGCUGGCCAAUGAAAACGCUGUGAGAAAUGUGAACAUACGAGUCUCUUGACCGGAUCAGAAACAUUUCGUGGCUACCAACUUUAAAACACAGAUUUGCAUAAUAUUCAGCUAUUGGACUGAAACUGGGGCUGUAUUUUGAGCUACCAUGCAAAGGAUACCUAUGCCAAAGGAUAGUGGAUUUUACUAGGCAAUAAAAAGAUUGAAUAUCUACAGGAUUAGUAGCUCCAUGGUAGCCAGUAUUUUCUUGAAAUCAAUGCACAACUCAAUUUGAUGGAAGUCCUGUAGGAUGCCAGACGUUGCAAUAAGAGGUUGCUUUUGCCACUUCACAAACAAGGAUUUCCAAGAAACAGAAAGGACAUAGUGUGCCGUUAACUCAUCAAAACGCUGACCACUAUGGAUGAAGGCACAGUCAGCGAGUCUAUUCCAGAUUUGAAAGACAUAGAAGUCAAAAUUGGACGGAAGACUCCGGAGGGCUUACUGAAGUGGAUGCGGGAAGAAGCAUCCUCGCACCGCGGAGAUGCCAAGUUAAAUUCGCACGAGCCCAAAGACAGUGACACAGGAAGAAAGAGUCUGGAUGAAAAGAUAAGGAAAUUAAAAGUCGACAUGGCUCACCUGCGCUCGGUGGACGUGAAGAUCCUGCAGCAGCUGCUGGCGGUCCACGAGGGCAUCGAGGCGGUCAAGUGGCUCCUGGAGGAACGCAGCACCCUGACCAGCCGCUGCAGCAGCCUGACCAGCAGCCAGUACAGCCUGGGCGAAGGGCCCGACACCUCCUGGAGGGGCAGCUGGAGCAGCCUGCAGGACCCCAACGACAAGCUGGACAACAUCUCCAUUGGCAGCUACCUGGACACGCUUGCCGACGACAUGGACGAGUACUGCCCCUCAAGCUCCGAGUCGGUGCUCUGCACCAACACCCUGGCCUCUGACACGAUCAGCCGGACCAUGGGAGGGGCCGGGGGUAAGGUUGGAGCUGGGGCCGGAGCUGGGGCUGGGAGUGUGGGUAAGGUUGGAGCUGGGACUGGGGUUAAGGUUGGAGCUGGGGCUGGGACUGGGGCUGGGAGUGCGGAUAAGAUUGGAGCUGGGGCUGGAGUUAAGGUUGGAGCUGGAGUUGGGGCCGGGGCUGGGGUUAAAGUUGCAGCAGUGUCUGGAGCUGGGGCUAAGGUUGGACAAGAAACAAAGGCUGGUACUGGGGAAAACGCUGGGACUGUAGGUACUUCGAGAGCAAGUACUAGUUCUAGUGCCGGUACAGGACCGGUAGCUGGUACCAAUUCUGGAACUGGAAGAAUCUCAGCGAAAGGGGCAGGACCUAGCUCUCCCCAAGUCGAGUCAAAACCCCCCAAAGACGCAUCUCCCGUUUGGACUAAGGCCACAGAGGCUGUCAAAAGAAACCCUAUCACCAAGGACACCGGGCUGAAGCAGCCGGGGAAGAGCAACGGGGUGAUGGAGAGGGCCUCCAGGCCAGCAGGGGGUCCAGGCACAGCCAGAACCUGCCUGGCAGACAGGCUGGGGAACAGCCAGAGCCCCAAACUCAAACCCUACAAGAACGGCAAGGUAGACCUGGAAGGCUGCAAGAUGAACGGCAAAAUGCACCUGGAGUACGACGCGCACUGGCGAUGGGUCCAGUCGCAAGAUGACGUGACAUUUCUGUGAGAGGGACGGUUGACCCCUGGCUCCUCCCACACUCGUGGGGGCAAGCUGAUGGCUCAUAAAGAUGGACGACGGCCUUUGUCAUUUACCGCAGGGAAAGACAGGAGGUGUGACUGAGCAAGAAUACAAUAUUUCUGUUCACUCCUCUGUGAAUGCACUUACAAACGUACAAAACAAUGAUGUCAGUAUUAGGGGUAAAGCACAUGGACGGUACUUUUAUCAUUUCUAUAUCAAUUCAUUUAGAAUAAUUUGCCCUGCUUCUAUGCAUUCAAAAAAAACUCUAUAGGAGAGAAAGCUAGAAGAAUCCAAAUCUGUUCCAAUCCUUUUUGUAACCCCUAGCUAGCUUACUAUGACCAAAGUUAUCCCUAUCCACCCCACUGAUUAGCUUCAAGUCAAAUACUGUUUGUUAAAUAAUGUAUGCUAAAAUAGAUCUGAAACAUGGAAUAUAAAAAACAAGUAUCUGACACUAUAUCUAUUUCUAUCUGAGGAAGAGAGCAAACCACCAGAUAGCUACUUUGUGUUGUUUAGAUUCAGCACGGCGUCACGCCAUAACAUAGGCAGUGCAUGGAGUUCUUUCAUUUAGAAUGGACCCACCAUCCAACCACUGUUCCUCACCUGUGUCAUUAUGGAGUUGGCGCCUACAGUACUUAACCUUAACCUUAACUCAAUAUGUAUAUCAUAUGAACUGCGACACUGUUGCUCUGUACACCAGGUGUUAGCGGGAGAGAUUGUUGAAAACUCAAAGUGAUGGCUGAAUGCUAUUGUUGUUUUUGGAUUAUGGCAGUAUGUUUCAUUUGGAGAGAAUUCGUAGAGGCUGGUGUAACCCUAAACUAAAUGUGCUUGUUUUUCCUCUGCCGAAAUGACUGCACUGUUGUUAUGAUAAUCUUGAUUCUAGUGGAGUUUUUCUUGUGGCCUUUUCCAAAUCCUCUGCUUGUGUCUUUAUUGGACAGAGUUUUUCUCGACUGCUGACUUUGGGAAUUGAUGCUUUGGCAGGGAGAAUAUUGCAUGUCAUGUGCUGACAACUUUAUUAGCAUUGAAACGCUUAAUACAAUCUUCAGAGAGAAAAAAAGCGAUAUCACCGAGCUCUUUUGUGCUCUGUACAGUCUCUUUUCACACAAUACUGCCACAACUGAAAAGCUAAUAAGGCCCACACUUAAAGGCUGUGGUUGCCACGACUACUGACAGCAGUGGAGAGAGACAGAUUGGCCAAGUGUGUGUGUUUGUGUAUGUGUGUGUGUAUGCUAGGUUGUGCACAGCUGGACUGUCAGAUUCAGGGGUGGGGGGGGGGGGGGGGGGGGUCUCAGGGGGGUACUGUUAAGCAGAGCCCCUCCCACUCCUGAUCAUUCAUCAUUCUGAGAUUUGGCCAUCUCAGGGCCUCAUUUACUAACACUGCGACCGCAGCUUAAUCUGCGCCUUUGCCCAACUGCAAAUAGCGCAGGGUGUAUUUACGCAUUUUGCGUGGUAUUUACCAAACCAGAUCCUCGUCAGGCAAUCAGCGCCUUACUCCGCCCUUUAGCGCGCCGU